AUGAGUUUUGAAUCAGACAAACGUCCAUCAAAGCGACAGAGAGACCCCGAACCAUCGGCUGAUGCCGCGAGGGCUUCUACGGCUUGUGAAGCAUGCCGCGAUCGCAAGAUCAAGUGUUCUGGGAACCAUCCGUGCCGGUAUUGCGCGAGACGGCAGAUCCCCUGCACUUUUCGGGAGGCUGUCAAGAAGAAGCUCUACGCGGUCGAGUACGUUGCGCAUCUCGAAGAAUUGGCCGCAUGUGUACGCGGCAGAGGAUCAAAACCGUCCGGCAAUGCGCCAUUGGGGCGCAGGAGUCCCAGCCAAGUUGCUGUCAACGAUGGUGAAAUUUCACCACAACCCAUGCCGGUGUUUGACAGCAAUCGUUCUAUUCAUUCCGAGUCGCUUCCGGUGCCGAGUCUAAGUCCUGGCAAGCCAUCCGUCUCACUGGGACACAUCGAAGAAGAGGACAGAAAUGUCAAUAAACAACUUGAAAGUACGCCCGAUUUGGCUGGUUCCAUUAACUCAUCGAGCCUGUAUUUCAGCCAUCAAAUCAAAAGUCUCAAGUCCGGUUGUUCGGCUGGCCCCCGUUAUGGUCCUUCAACGCGCCAACAAUCACCUGACUGGCCGGAAAACGUCUAUGGAAUCCCUCCACCGAAGCGCGGCGGGGAAAGCCGAGACGGAGACCGUCAUACCGUUGAUCUGCCGGGUUUGCAAGAAGCGCAGGAGCUCCUGGACACCGUAUUAAACUCCCUCGGAAAUAUACAGCACCUUUUCGAGCCGAGGGCGUUCUGUGACCGACUUUCCGAGUUUUAUUCCACCGCGGUUGACAAGACGGAUAUCUGGUACGUGGAACUGCUGAUCGUUUUGGCAGUAGGAAAGCUCUUGCGUGGGAAACCAGGCGGAGGUGGCACAUUGCCUGGGACGGACCUGUACCAGGAAGCCGAGAGGCAUCUUCCGGGCAUGAUGACUCUCCGAAGGCAGGGAACGACAGCUGUCGAGAUUCUAGGCAUGAUGGCCUUUUAUCUCCAAUGCGCCGAUCUUCGUGACGACGCCUAUGUCUAUGCGGGGAUGGCCUUGAGACUCGCCAUGUCAAAUGGUAUGGCCAAUUCAAGCAGUUAUUCCGGCCUGAGAAGAUCCGAAAAGGCUCACCGCUGUAGAUUGUGGUGGACUAUUUAUAUGCAAGAGAGGAGACUCGCAGCUGCCACUGGUCAGCCUCUAACAAUCCAGGAUGCGUCCAUCUCGACAGAAUAUCCCGGCGAAGCACCUGGAUUUGUGACGCCCGCAGCAAUGAUAGUCAACAUUGAACUGGCGAGGAUCACUGGGCAGACGAUGGAUGUUGUCUACGGUACAAAAGGCAAGGCCGUAGACCGGUAUGUUGAGAGUGUUCGGAAGAUAUUGAAGCAGCUUCAGGAUGUAGCGAAAUCGAUCCCAUCCGAGUACACUCUCAAUCUUACCAGGGCGCCGCGACUAUCGAGGACAGCAGGCACCCUUUACCUGAUGCUACACCAGGCAAUGCAGUGCAUCGUUCUCGCCACACGUCCUACGUUGUUGCAUCUAGCGAGGAACCGACUUGACGUGGCAAAGUCUGUGACGAAGAAUACGGUCAGCAUGUGGGAACUCGAUCAAAUUUCCGGUUCCUGUGUAGAAGCUGCAAGCUGUAGCCUCGAAGUGCUGGACGCCAUGAAAGAGCAGCGGAUCAUAGCCAACUUUGGGUUCUUCGACCUCGAUGCCGCCUUCUCUGCCGCCUUCGUCUUCGUGCUUGUAGACAGCAUACACGCACGCGCCAGCCAUCCAUCCAGCAUCGUCCAAAUUCGUAAGGCGUCCGAAAUCCUGAAGCAUCUGGCCUCGCAGGGCAAUUUCGCGGCCCAAAAGCGCAGGGCAGACAUAAACCAAAUGUGCAGUCACCUGGGCGUCUCGUUCAAUGAGGACGCAGACGAACGGGCCGACAUAUCACCCAUGGAGAUUGACGGGGUUCGAGUAAACGAAGCGGGUACGGACGAUGCUGAUGGUCAAACGCAACACCACCAACACGACGAGGAUGGGCGUUUGAUCCCAUUCCGAAGCCGGGAUCAAGACCUGCAUCGCGUGGAAGAUACCGUGCUCCAGCACGAGCUCCCGUCAUCUUCACAGCUCGACUGGGCCCAGGCCGCCGCCACACUGUUGGACCACAGCCUGGCCGACACGCAAGACCAGCAGCAAUCGAUGGCGGCGGCGCUAUCGUUUGGCGAAGGUGGAAACGAGAUGCUUGGCGGCCUGUACCUGGAGGACUUUUCUCUCACCGGCGUGGUCGAGACAGAUUGGGCCGAGUUUGCUAGGCAGCUUGCUUCGCAAAACGAGCUUGGGGGGUGAAU